GACCAUCGAAGGGUGGAAGUAUGACGCUGAACGGCCGCAUGCUGCCCUCGCUGCGCUGCCGCCGCAAUGAGGCGCGAAUCGGCACUACUCUGCCAGACGGCACGACGAGCAGCAAAGCCCCAAGAUGCGGCACACUCGCCUCUUCUGUUCGUCCUCACCAGCACCACCCAGUCACCGGUAAGGAUACCAUUUCCGCCCACUAUUAGCUUUUUUGCUCUGCUGCACCCGACCCUCACUACUACCCGCGUGGCACUCGAGACGGCUCCAACUCUGUCAAAGAGGGCCCGACACCUGGUGUUGGCUCAAAUACGCCCGCGAGCUUGGUACAUCCGAGACGUACCACUGUUCUCCUCCUCCACUCUCCAGCCUCUCGGUGCGCAUCACUUUCGAGUCGUCGACAGUCUGGUAGGCUCGAUCGCAGGGCACAUACACCGCAGGCCGACACUCCUCACGUACACAAGGACAACCAGCUCUCGGCCGGCAUGAACAAUGCGUCAGGUCGCUAUUGAACGACUGCGAAUAGAGGAAUACGGGUAGAUUUUCAGAUCAAAGAGCUCCGAAAUCAUAGGACCGCCGAAGCAUGGGCUUGUGGAGUGAAGGAAAGUGAUACACAAAAUGGCGGAUAGAGACCUCGACCAUGGCAACAUAUACGGAAGGAGCGAGACGACUCUCGCAGUCGUCAUAUCGAUGCUGCUUCUGUGCACCAUCUUCGUGGCACUUCGUAUGAUAUCGCGGGUGGCAAUCGUAAAGAAAGUGAUCCUGGACGACUAUUUCAUGAUCCUGGCCUGGGCCAUUACUGUUGGUUUAUGCGCUUCGAUCUGUGUAGGGACCGUCAACGGCCUCGGACGCCAUGAAGUUGAUGUGCCAGAUGCGUGGCAACCGGCAUUGCGAAAGUCCAACUACGCUUUCGCGGUGCUCUACCAGCCGGCUCUGAUGGCGACGAAGACAUCGAUUCUGGCCUUCUAUUUGACCUUCUCCAGCGCCGAACGAUUAUUCAAAUGGUCAUGCUAUGCGACACUUUUCGUCGUCAACGCUGGUGGGCUGGCACUGACGCUCGUGACGGUCUUUCAAUGCAGUCCGGUGUCUGCAGCAUUCUACGCGAUCACUCCAGCCGGCGCGCAAUGCACUGAUAUCCUCACGAUCUACCUCUCGUCAAUACCACUCAACAUCAUAACCGAUCUGGCGAUACUGUUUCUCCCGAUGCCGGUCUUGACCAGUAUGCGAUUACCGAAGAAGCAGAAGAUAAUCCUACUCGUCACCUUCAGCUUCGGUAUUUUCGUAACAGUGGUCGAUGUCGUUCGAGUACAUUACCUGCAGUCUGCAGCCGAAAUGCGCCUGGCUGAGAUUGCGAAUGCCCGCGCCAGCGAUUCGUCACGAAACUCGAUCGAAACCGACUCUUCAUUCUAUUUGGCAUUCUCUUUUAUGUGGUCAGCAAUCGAGGUCACUGUGGGGAUUAUGUGCGCUUGCGUUCCAGGUCUGAAGCCAUUAGUCGCGCGAUUCUUCCCCAGCAUGCUCCGAGAUCCGGGAGACGCGCCUUCGAAAUUCGGCUCGAUCUCAACACCUGAUGCAGAGGUGCAAAAGGUGGCACCACUUGUUCCAGAUAUACCAGAGGACGUCCAUUUUCGCGACUUUGGCAGAGCAGCCAGCAGUCAGGAAGAAGAAGAGGAGCAAGGCCCGAUGGGCAUGAUGGAGUUCCUCACUACUCCGGACAUGGGUGAAUUUCACCCCAUGGAGCGAUCACCUACGGCCCUUACGAAUACCACGCGACACACUGUUCCGAAUUCGCCUACGUUCUUCGACUUCGUCGACAUGAAGCAGAAGAAGAGCUUGGCUUACCUGACCACCAAAGAAUCCAUCUACCCCGUGGCGCUCGUGACAGUCAUGUUCUUCGUCUGGGGCUUUGAAUACGGUCUGGUCGAUGUCCUCAACAGCCAAUUCCAGACUGUUGCUAGCGUCACUGUCGCUCAGUCGGUCGGCAUUGGCAGUGCCUACUACUGUGGUUACCUGGUCGGACCGAUCACCAUCGGGCACUGGGUGCUCAAACACUGGGGUUUCAAAGCAUGCUUCCCCAUUGGGCUGAGCAUAUAUGCUUGUGGGUGCUUGAUCUUUUGGCCAGCAGCUGUUCUGACAUCCUGGCCAACCAUCCUCGUCACGAACUUCAUCGUCGGUUUCGGCUUGUCGAUGCUGGAAAUCUCAGCAAACACUUUCAUCUCGCUUUGUGGCCCGGCGCAAUACGCGGAGGUUCGACUGAAUUUGAGUCAGGGAGUGCAAGCUGUCGGCGGUGUAGUCGCUCCACUGAUUGCAGACAAAGCCUUCUAUCACAAAACCUCGAACGCACCAUCCUUGAUCAACACGCAAUGGGCAUAUCUCGGAAUCUCCCUCUUCACUGUCGCGCUGGCCGUCAUGUAUUUCUACAUCCCGUUACCAGAAGCCACAGAUGCUGAGCUGGAGGACGCCGCUGAGAGAAUGGACAGUGCGCAUAAACGAAGGUUCGGCAAUGUGCGCAUCAUCUGGUUCAUCCUUGCCAUAGGCGCCUUCAGCCAAUUCUGCUACGUUGGAGCCCAAGAAGUUGUUGGCACCACUUUCCCUCCCUACUUGGAGACCGUCAUGCCGCGCCUCGAUACUUCAGACUUCUCCGCGAUAGCACAUACAGCGUUCGCCAUCUCAAGAUUCCUCGCCGCGGGACUGUGCCUCUGGAUCACUCCUCGCGUGCUCUUGCUGGCUUUCUGCUGCGGUACCAUCAUCUUCUCUGCAUUGUGUAUGCAUCUUACAGGUGGCGCCGCAGUUGCAAUGCAAGUUAUGAUCUUCUUCUGUGAAGGUCCCAUCUUCGGUUUGAUCUUCGCGCAAGCGCUCCGAGGACAAGGCCGGCACACCAAAUUCGCAAGUGUCAUCCUUACAGCUUCUAUUGGCGGCGGCGCGAUCUUCUCGCCUAUCUCAACGGCUCUGCGAGCGAAUGGGCGGAGCGUGCCGUUCAGUCUUGUCGUUGCUGUUGCGGCGUUCGCGGCGACCACAGUCUUCGCAGUGGUUUUGUGUCUUUCAAGACCGAUGAGAUUGGUAGCGGACCCAAUCAAGGACCCGAGCGCUUCGAAGCCUGCCUCGAGGGACGAGAGACCCGGGUCGACGAGUAGUCGAGCCAGUCGAGCGUUGAGCUUUUUGAGUUUGGGAGGUAAGAAGAAGGAGCGGGAGUCGGCGGGUGUGGAAUAUCGGGAGAGGAAAAUCAGCACGCCUAUUGAUGAAUGAAACGACGGAUGACGAAACAAUGGAAAGUUCCUUGACAUUUGUGAUAUCCCAUUUGAUGCGUUUUUAGGAAGUUUUGGGCGACGG